AAUCAGACUGUGUUUUUUUCACUACAAGAAAGGGUUCUGGUACAGUAAUUCAAAGGACCUGAAACAUGAAAACUGCAUGUUGACACACAAUCAAGGAGAUGAAAAUGUUGACCUUACCCUUUGAGGAGCCUGUUGUGAUGCCUGAUCCACAGUUUGGUACAAACUUUCCCAGAGAUUGUGUCGCAGAGAAUAAAAGUAGAAAAAUUGACACUUUUUUUAAACGAGAUAAAUCACCAAUGCCAGAGUCAAAGCAAACCCAGGAUGAAGAUUCGGAAAAAGAGGAAGAGGAAAGAGAGGAAGACGGGAAUGAAAACGGAUUGCCAAGGAGAAGAGGCCCCAGAAAAAAGAAGUUAACCAAAGCAAGAGCAGACAGGGUUAAAUUUAGGCGGCAGGAGGCCAACUUGAGGGAGAGAGGUAGAAUGCAUUGUCUCAACGAUGCCCUGGACAGCCUUAGAAAGGUGGUACCCUGUUACUCGAAAACACAAAAACUCUCCAAAAUAGAGACUUUGCGGCUGGCAAAAAAUUAUAUAUGGGCUCUGUCAGAAAUCCUCAGUGCUGGAAAGAGACCAGAUCUUCUUGCCUUCGUGCAGACUUUGUGUAAAGGAUUGUCACAGCCAACCACUAAUUUAGUGGCAGGGUGUCUGCAGCUCAAUGCCAGAAUUUUCCCAACAGAUCACAACGGGGAAGCAUCUCACUCUGGCAGGUCUCCAUACCAGAACUUGUAUCCACCUUAUCACAGCCCUGAGCUUGGCACACCUACGGGGCAUGCUAGUGGUACCAUGGACAGCGCUAAGCCCUUCAGACCGUACAAUUACUGCAGUACUUACGAGCCUUUCUAUGAAAGUACUUCCCCUGAAUGUGUAAGCCCACAGUUUGAAGGUCCCCUAAGCCCCCCAAUUAACUUUAAUGGGAUAUUUUCCCUUAAGCACGAAGAAACAGCUGAGUAUGGUAAGAAUUACCACUAUGGCAUGCAUUACUGUGCAGUGCCAGCCAGGGGUUCUCUUGGGCAGAGUUCCAUGUUUAGGGUCUCCUCAGACAGUCACUUCCCUUAUGACUUACAUUUGCGCAGCCAACCCUAUGCCAUGCAGGACGAAAUAAAUGCAGCUUUUCAUAAUUAAUGUGUUAAACUAAAUGGUGGUCAUCCUCGUUGGCAGCUAAUUAGUGAAAACAGUGUCCAUGCAGUAUUUAUGCUUGAAACAUAAACUAUAUAGUAUAUUCUUACCAUAUUUAAAAAAAAAAAAAAUCAAUGCAUUAGUUGCAAUACUUUAAUUUAAUUUAAUUGCAUUAUACUUCCAUCCAUAUCAAACAUAGAUCUAUUAAAGUAACCCCUGUAAUUAAUGUAGCUAAUCAUUUUUAUUCUGAUGUCUGUAUCGGUGAGUGUGGCUUUUGUUCAGCUAUGUUUUCAAAACACAGCAGCAUUAUUAAGUCUAUGCUUUGUGUUUAAAAGAAAUAUGUAAUAUAAUUCUUCAAGGUGUAUUGUUCGCUUAAAUCUUUGAUUACAAUUUUACCAGGAAAUGUGAAAAUGAAACGUUUUGGAUUGUAUGUAUAAGUAAUAUUCACACUGUUGAAAUUCUAGCUUGCUGAAGAAUACAAAAUGUGUGUGUAUUUAACCUAUGUAUAUUAUAUGCCACUAGUAAGAGGAUACUGCCCUUUCUGAAUUGAACCUAAUGGCCACAAAUGAGGAACAUUUGGUAUUUCUCAUAAAUAUAACAAUACUA